AUGGGCGAUGCCGGCCCGCUGACUCCUCCACUGACGGCGGAGGAGCCGCUGAUCGGAGCGGCGGGAGCUGGGCACGAGACAGAUGUCCGGGAGGUGACAGUGCUGGUUACGGGUUUCGGUCCCUUCAAAUCCUUCGCCAUCAACCCCUCCUACCUGAUCGCCUCCGCCCUCCCCGCAACCCUCGCCUCACAACCUCCACCCUCCAAACCCGUCGCCACCAACAACGACACCAACAUCCCCGUGCCCCCCACCUCCGCCUACCGCAUCCGCCUCAUAAGCCACCCCACCGCCAUCCGCGUCGCCUACGCCACCGUCGUCACCAUCCUCCCGACCCUCACCGCCCAGCACACCCCAGACUACAUCUUCCACAUCGGCAUGGCCGGCGGCCGCGACCACUACACGCUCGAGACCGUCGCGCACCGCGACAACUACAAGAUCAAAGACGUCGACGAGCGCGACGGCUGGAAGGACGGCGAAUACGCCUGGAAGAAGGCCGGCCUGCCGUCGGCCCUGCACGUAGGGUGGGACGAGGCGGAUGUCUGCGAGCGCUGGGAGCGCGAGGUGCGCGAGCGCGAGGAGGAGCUUGGUUUGUUGGAUCCUCAUGCGGAGCCCGCGCCGCAGGGUAGUCGUGGCGCCGAAGCCGUGUCGGCGGCGGCGGCGGCGGCGACGCCGAGGUAUGGCGAGUGGGGAAGGGAGGUUAGACGUCGACUGAGGAGUGUGUGCCGUUUGAGCACCGAUGCGGGGAGGUUCUUGUGCGAAUUCACGCUGUUUGAGAGUCUGGGGAGGCGGUGGCUGGAAGCGAGGGGCAAGCUUGAUAAGCAGGGUGAGGAGCAGGAGAACAGAGAGAAUAAGGAAGGCAAGGUAGCGUUCUUGCACGUCCCUGGUGCGUUUGGGCCAGAGGACGUAGAGCGAGGAGUGCGGGUGGCGACAGCCGCCAUUAGAAGUUUGGUGGGCAGCUGGGAGGAGGGCCGGAGGCGGAAGUACGAGCAAGAGGCGAUGCUAGAAGGGAAGAUGGAAGGUGGGAAAUGGGACGGCGUCGUGUGGCGGGCGUAG